AUGGAAAUGUUCAAGGUCAGUGAUGAAGUGGCCCUUAUGGUGAAAGCAGCAGGUGGAGCUAGGAAGAUAACCUGGGGGGGGGUGUUUGUCUUCAUCAUCCUCCUCUCUACAGGUUUAAGUGAAAAUGACACGGACUUGGACUUUUGUGGGACCUGGCGCCAUGAGAAGGGCAACCUGAGCCUGAACGUCAGCCUCUCCACGGGCUGCAGCGAGAUCUCCAUCUCAGCAGGUCAGAGCUCUCUGUCCAUCGACGGGCAGAUCACAGCUCGGUGCAGGCGCUCUGAAGUGAUCCCCCUCAAGCAGCUCGGCCUCGACUCCGAGGAGGAAACUCCAUUCUGUCUGUACUGGGAGCCACUGCUGGACCAGUUGAAGCUGCAGGUCAGAGGGAAGAACCUCACUCUGUGCUGGCCCACCAGCAUGCAGGGCUCCUGCUGCACCGAUCUGUCUCAUGGUGCCAACACACCCGAGGCACGCUACGGCAUCAUCAAUGGAACGGUCAAAAUGGAUUUAAUCCAGCGCAAUAUAAUGACAGCCUACAAGUUCAAAGGAAGUUCCAUCGACUGCAAAGCAUUAUGUGAUCAAGAGAACCAGGGAUCCACCCAAGUCAGCAUAGAGUCCUCGGCUGUUGGGAAUAUGGAGCAUCCGUGUGCUCGCAGCUCUCAGGUGGACAUGAAGGAGGAUUUCAGAGGCUACAACAUCACGGCGCCUGCCACUAAAGGUGUGCCCGCAGAGUCCAGUACCACAGUCCACCUCCCCCGCGCUCUGAAGCAAGCGGCGAAAAAGUCCAGCGAAGUCGUCUGCACUUUCUUCAAAAACAACUUCCUGUUCCAGGAGGGUCACAAGGGGGUCAGGAUUCUUGAUGAUGUGGUGGAAAUCACCGUAGAGAACGAGGUCAUCGCUGACCUGUCUGAGCCAAUCAGGAUUGGCUUUCACCAUGAUGUCAUACCUAAACUGCAUUCAAGGAAAUGUGUGUCAUGGGACACCAGGAAAGAUCCGUGGCAGGUCAAUUGGUUGGACGAUGGAUGCGAGACGCAGCAGAAAGGAGCGAAACACACAGAGUGCCUCUGUAACCAUCUGACUUACUUCAGUGUGCUGGUGCAAAUGGAGCCUCGCCCAGUGCGCCACCUCCUGGCCCUGAGCGCCAUUACAUCUCUGGGCUGUGCUGUGUCUGUGUUGAGCUGUGUCGCUCUCAUUGUUUACCUCUACAGGAAGAGCAGGCGAUCUAAAGAGCAGUCCAUACCCAUCCACCUGGGCUUGGCUGUGUCUCUCGGCCUCCUCAACCUGCUCUUCUUCUUCACCGGGGUCCUGGCCAACGUGGGAGGGGAGGGUGUGUGCGUCUGGGUGGGGGCGGGCCUCCACUACACCCUGCUCAGCUCCUUCACCUGGAUGGGCGUAGAGGUUUUCCACACCUUCUGGUUGGUGUACAUGGUUUUCAGCCCCUCCCCUAAGCCCUAUGUGUGGAACCUGGUCGGCUUCGCUCUCCCUGCCGUGCCUAUAAUCAUCCUGGCCGCAGUAGGUGACAUUUAUGGAGUGAGAGAGGUGUUGCCAAGCGAUGACGUCUCCAAUCCUUACCUGAUGUGCUGGAUGAAAAACACCCACAAGGCCCUGCUGGCCCACUAUUUCACCAACAUGACAGUCCUGGCCAUCCUGGUGUCCUCGGGCGUCGUGAUGCUCUUCCUGGUCUACAGGGAGAUCCGCACCAGGGACGAAUGGAGGCAGAACCGCGUGGCUUUUCUCAGCAUCUGGGGCCUCAGCUGCCUCUUCGGGACAUCUUGGGGUCUGACCUUCCUGGACUUUGGACCCCUUUCCGACGUCGUGCUCUUCCUCUCCUGCAUCCUCAACUCUUUUCAAGGUUUCUUCCUGAUGCUGCGGUUCUACAUGCUGGACUGGAUGCGGAAACAGGCCAGUGGCUCCGCUCUGGGCAGCACCAGCACGGGGUCGACCAGGCAACACAUGCUGCAGGCCCAGGAGAACAGUUAGAUGGACUGUGUGGUGGCACAUCAACGCUGCAGCACCGAAGCUUUUUAUGUAAAAACAAAUGCAGUCUUCUUGUCAAGGUAGAUGAGCAAACGGAGAAGAACUGUGCGCUGUAGAUCUGCUGUGUCUUCAGCUGGAAUCCUGUCGCCGUGUGCGGCGGUAGCUGAGAGCGAGCUCUCCAUCCUCCACCUCUCAUUCCUCUGGUCGCUAAACGCAGGCACACCUGACUGGAGCACCAGCUCAUCCAGUUCAAUGGACUCAGUCGUUCCUGUGUUCGUCGGUCAUCUCUCAUCAGAUGUUGGAUUCAUUUUGUGAUGAAUGUUGUUUGUUUAAUUAGAGCUCCAUAUUGCACAUGGAUGGAGGUUAGCUAAAUGUAAUCAACGCCUCGCUGGAAUGUAUUUGAAUCAACGGCAUCCACUCAGCAGUCAAACCGGUUUAAAAGAGAAAAAACAAACUUGAUUACUUUGUUCCUCUUCUCUGGGUCAGUGGAGAAGAGAUGAGACCAUCACUCAGGAAAUACAGGCCAGAAGCCUUUACUUGUAGAAUCCCUAGACUGGGUCUAGUUGGAGAAGAGAAAGCAUUUAUUUGAGAUUCUAAAUUGUAAACUGGAUAUAAAGUUAAGCUUUAAAUCCAGACAGGGAAACGUGGGGAUGUUGAAUGAUUACAGGUUACUGUGCUGUGAUUUCCAUUUUAUUGUCUGUAAAGAAAAAAAAAAAAAAGAAAAAAUAUAUAUAUAUAUAUAUAUAAAUAAAUAAUAUUGUUGAAGCUCUCCUUGAACCGUAGAUAAGCUUUUUAUUUUUUUAUUUGUACUUGUACUUUGUUUUUUAGCACUUUUCAAUCUUUAAAAAAAAAAAACUGAGUUGUUUUUUGUUUUAAUAUGCAUAAUAGAUGAGAUUUCAUAUACAGUGUGUGUGCAUAGUGUAAUAGCUGAAUGUUUUAUAAUAAUAGAUGUCUCCAGGAUCACUCCAUUUCUUUAUUACUCCAGGCCAAAUUCAGACCUUCAGUCAAAAUAAUUAACAGAAAGAAAUCAUACUUUUCAGGUCUUCAUCUUCAAAAUGGACCAAAUAAGAGUUCAUUCAAACUAUCUGGUUGGAAGAAUGUGGUCUGAUUUAAAAUCUAAAUUUCAUCUUCAUGUAUAUAUCAUUUUGGUGAAUAUUUCAUGUGAGUUUUUAGAUACUGUGAUAUUUGCACUUUCUUUUUGAUUUUCUGAAGUGGCAUGUUAUGUCACUCAAAUGAUUGUGUAUAGCUGGUUUUUAUUGUGUGGAUGUAUAUAGAGAAUGAAUAAAACAUCUUUUAGUUAAAA